GUUUGUUUAUCAGCUCAACAGAGAAAUAAUCCAAGUUGGAUCAAACAGGUGUGGAUGUUAUUUCAUCAAUGAAUGGAGGUGUGUGCGCGCGCGCCCUCUACAUUAAGUGUCAAGUUAAUGUCCGAUUGGGCGGGUGUUUGGUGUUUGGUGGACGCAUGUCAGACAUAUGCGCGCUGUGCUGUGGGCGGGUGUGGACGUGUUUGUAAAGGGGGAAGAAAAAAAAAAGGAAAAAAGGCGCACAAAGAGAGAGAGAGAGAGAGAGGAGCGCUUCAGAGCUUCAGUGCGUCUGUCUGGAUAUACGCGCAUAGCCAGAUAGGUGAUGGUUAUUAUAGGAGAGAUGUGAUGUUUAUUUUAGGAGAGAUGUGAGUGGCGUCGGCCUCAGCUCUCCAAAGCUGUAGGCUUUGAGCUGGAGAGGCGUGGCGCACAAAAAAAAACACCUGUAUGUAUGGACGACCAGACCUCCAGCGUGAUCCAGCCAUCAUCCACCAUCACCAUCAUCAGGCACCAGGGCAGCAACAAGACCACCGACAGCCCGGCAGGUUAUGGAGGCAUCAUGACGGCGGAGAACCAGCAGCCGGUGUCGGUGGAUCGAUACUCUGUUGUCCGGUCUCAGGGCUGCUGUGAGCGGCUGGUCGUCAACAUCUCCGGUCUGCGCUUCGAGACGCAGCUGAAAACUUUCAACCAGUUUCCCUCCACGCUGCUGGGCGACCCGAGGAAGAGGAUGCGCUACUUCGACCCGCUGAGGAACGAGUACUUCUUCGACCGGAACCGACCCAGCUUCGACGCCAUCCUCUAUUACUACCAGUCCGGGGGACGCAUCCGGAGACCUGUUAACGUGCCCAUCGACAUCUUCUCCGAGGAGAUCCGCUUCUACCAGCUCGGAGAGGAGGCCAUGGAGAAGUUCAGGGAUGAUGAAGGUUUUAUAAAAGAAGAGGAGCGAAUUUUACCCAAAAGGGAGUUUCAGAAACAGGUUUGGCUUUUGUUUGAGUAUCCGGAGAGCUCUGGACCAGCUAGAGGGAUCGCUAUAGUCUCAGUGCUUGUUAUCUUGAUUUCUAUUGUGAUCUUCUGCAUGGAGACUCUACCUGAGUUCAGGGAUGAGAGAGACCACCAAGCUACAGAGUCGCCCUCCCUCUCCAGCAAUAACACAGCCCUUUACGCACCAAACCCCUUCACAGACCCUUUCUUUGUCAUAGAAACCCUCUGCAUCAUCUGGUUCUCCUUUGAGCUCCUGGUGCGUUUUUUUGCGUGUCCAAGCAAAACCACCUUCUCCAAGAACAUCAUGAACAUCAUCGACAUCGUGGCCAUCAUCCCGUACUUCAUCACCCUGGGUACGGAGCUGGCGGAGGAGAAGGAGACUAACGGAGGACAGCAGGCCAUGUCUCUGGCCAUCCUCAGGGUGAUCCGGCUCGUCCGGGUGUUCAGGAUCUUUAAGCUGUCCAGACACUCAAAGGGGCUGCAGAUUUUGGGGCAAACACUUAAAGCGAGCAUGAGAGAGCUGGGUUUGCUCAUCUUCUUCCUCUUCAUCGGAGUCAUCCUCUUCUCCAGCGCGGUUUACUUCGCAGAAGCGGAUGAUCCUUCGUCUAGUUUCACCAGCAUCCCGGACGCGUUUUGGUGGGCUGUGGUGACCAUGACCACCGUGGGAUACGGAGACAUGCACCCGGUGACCAUCGGAGGGAAGAUAGUCGGCUCUCUGUGCGCCAUAGCCGGGGUGCUCACCAUCGCGCUGCCGGUGCCGGUCAUCGUGUCCAACUUCAACUACUUCUACCACCGGGAGACCGACGGAGAGGAGCACCCGGUGUACGGGAAUACCACCACCGACAGCUGCGAGGAGCAUCUCCACAACACCGAGGAGGAGAUGAGGAGGUCCAGCAGCUCCUCUUCAUCCAUCAGCAAGUCUGAGUACAUGGUGAUAGAGGAGAGCAUCAACAAGUCCAACUGUAACACAGAGAACAACCAGAACUGUGUGAACAUCAAGAAGAUCUUCACAGACGUGUAAAUGACUUGGAUCAUGUAUGGAUGCAUAAUAUAUUAUUUUUUUAAUAUACUGUUCCAAUUUCAUUCUGAAAAAGUCAGCUUUUUUUAAAAACCAACAUGGCUCAGUUCAAAAAAUGUUGUUCUCCUGAUGAAAUGUUGAACUCCUCAUCUCUCCUCUGACGUCAUCAUGAUGAUUUGCUGCCACUAUACACUUCAUAGUGUUCAAACACACAGAUUCAAACACUGGAUUUAAAUUAAUGCAGUAAAAUGCAGAAAAAAAAAAAUAGUGUCCAGGUCCUAACAUCUGUCAAUAAAGGAAUGUAUAAAAAUAAGAACAACCAGAACUGUGUGAACAUCAACAAGAUCUUCACAGACGUGUAAAUGACUGGAUCAUUUAUGGAGCAUGGAGACAUAUAGUAGCCAGGGCUGGACUGGCCAUCUGGCAUACCGAGCGUUUUCCCGGUGGGCUGACGUCCUUUUGGGCCGACGUAUGUCUUUUUUUUUUACCCAUAAAACAGGUAAAUCGGCCCAUUUCUUCUCCUUAAUUGACACUGGGCUGGCCCAAUCGCUCUGUGCCAGGCGGCCACAGUGAGGAGGAGAGGGAGAGAGGUGAUGGAGAGAGAUGAGGGAGAGGGUGUAGAGUUUGUUUUCAUCAGUUUGUCAUCCGGUUUCCUCUCUGGGUCACCAUUCGUAUUUCUCCCAAUUUAUGUCAAAUUUACUUUUUUUGAACCUGUUUCUGGCACUGUACAGCAUGUAUAAUUAAAAAAACAAAGGGACAGCAGGGGCAAACAAAUGAAUUAUAACUGAUGAAUAUGAGUUUAUGCUAAAUAUUCACAAGCAAAGUUUAUGCCAGAGGGGUGAAUUAUUCAGUCUUCUUUCCUGAGAUUUAAAGGUAAAAUUAGAAGUUUAACAUAACAAUGCUGUUGCAGUGUACUUAUUAUUUUGUUAUUUUCAUUGUUUUAAAGUCACCAGAAGUCAGGAAACAAAGUCUCCGAAACUCUGUUGGACCCCCACACCCCCCACUUUGGUUUUGAAAUCCUCCCUCUUUUUGAGGUCUCAAGAUUGGCAAGUAUGCAAAACAACCACUUUUGAAGGGAUUUCCUCGAACAGAGCCUUCAACCAAACGUGGUACAGCACAGAUCACCGGUGAUGGGGCCGGUCUGGGCCGAAAUGCCAGGGCAGAUUUUUUGUCCCAGUCCAGCCCUGAUAGUAGCUAUAAUAUUAUUUUUAUAUAUACAUAUAUAUAUAAUAUAUAUAUUAUAUUAUAUAUAGCCAUGCGUAAUGUGUCAGUCCAUAUCUGUGGAUGAGCGUGCGUAAAUGUCCGUUUUAACAAGUCCUAUAAGUGAGAUUCUACUUGUUUUCCAGUGUAGAUUCACAUGUUUUUCUCAGAGAUCAAGAAGUAUUAAUGACCCCCAAAACAUUUGCACUGGAAAAGUAUUCAUUUCGGCUCAAGCUGUUGUCAGAAAAAAAGCAUAAAAAGAAGAACAAGUAAAAGUGGCUUGUUAAAACCGAUAUUUCUGCAGUGUACAGUGCCACAUGAUGCCUAUAUACAUAUCUUGAUGUUAAAGCGACAGUUGUUGAUUGGGUUACACGUGUAGCAUAUAUCUAUAAUGCAUUUAUCCACUAGUCCAAAAAAACGACGUCUUGUGCUUCGUUGAGAGAAGAGUUUCAUUGUCCAGUAUAAUGUGAUGAAUAUAGAUUAUAGGUUAUAUAUAA